GGAGCCAAUGACCGCGUCUGAACUCAGUGGCCCCGCGGCUGUGGGAGCCCCUCCCCAGCCCCAGAGGCGGGCGCCUGUCCGGCAGAAAUUCGCCGGCAGUGGUACAGGGAAGACGUCUGCUUGCUCGGCUCCCCAGUGAGGCUGGCGGCGGGAGAACAGGGCACCGCAGCGAUGGUUGUCCAUAGUUUCCAACAACUUGGUGGACCAGAGAGAGUCACAGGGUCCUUGGUCUUGGCAGUGGGCACAGCUGUACUGGGAUCCCUGCAGUUUGGCUACAACAUUGGCGUCAUCAAUGCUCCUCAGAAGAUCAUCGAGCAAAGCUACAACAAGACCUGGAUGGGACGGCAGACGGGCCUUGAGCACCCGCAGCCCAUCGACCAGUCGGUGCUCACCACGCUGUGGAGCCUGUCGGUGGCCAUCUUUUCCAUCGGUGGGAUGGUAUCCUCGUUCCUGGUGGGAACACUCGCCGAGUGGCUGGGAAGGAAGAGAGCCAUGCUGGUCAACAAUAGCCUUGCUUUAAUUGGAGGAACACUGAUGGGGCUGUCGAAAUACUGCCAAUCAUAUGAAAUGCUCAUCCUUGGCCGCUUUGUCAUUGGUGCUUAUUCUGGUAUCUGUUCCGGACUGGUCUCGAUGUACAUUGGAGAGAUUUCACCCACCAGCUUACGAGGAAUGUUGGGAACAUUGCACCAGCUUGGCAUCGUAUCCGGGAUCCUCAUUGCUCAGAUUUUCGGCCUGGACGUCAUCCUGGGGACGGACGAGCUCUGGCCGUUGCUCCUGGCGGUCACUGUGCUACCGGCCCUCCUUCAGGCAGCCCUGCUUCCCCUCUGUCCGGAGAGUCCCCGCUUCCUCUACAUCGUGCGCAACGAGGAGAGCAAGGCCAAGAUAUGUUUGAGGAGACUCACGGGCCAGCAGGAUGUCUCCAGUUCUCUCUUGGAGAUGAAGGAGGAGAAGCGGAGGAUGAACCUGGAACGUAAGGUGACCAUCGCUCAGCUGUUCAGGAGCCCCACCUAUCGGCAACCCCUCUUCAUCGCCGUCAUGCUGCAGAUCUCUCAGCAACUAUCGGGCGUCAACGCUGUAUUUUAUUACUCCACCAGCAUCUUCAUCGGGAUGGGCAUCAAACACCCGGUGUACGUCACCAUUGGAGUAGGCAUCGUCAACACCGUGUUCACUGUGCUGUCUCUGUUUCUCAUCGAGAGGAUGGGCCGCCGGGCCCUUCAACUCUUGGGAUUGGCCGGGAUGUGCGGCUGUGCCAUAGUGAUGACUGUUUCUUUGACGCUGCUGGACAAGCUGCCCUGGAUGAGUUACAUCAGCACUGUGGGGAUCUUCGGCUUUGUGGCGUUCUUUGAGAUGGGCCCAGGCCCCAUCCCCUGGUUCAUCGUGGCUGAGCUCUUCAGCCAAGGGCCUCGGCCAGCGGCCUUCACCAUUGCCGGCUUCAUCAACUGGAGCUCCAAUUUCAUCGUGGGAAUGUCAUUCCAGUACAUCGUGGAGUUGUGUGGCCCCUUUGUGUUCCUCAUCUUCGCCCUGAUACUCCUGGGGUUCUUCAUCUUCACCUACUUUAAGGUUCCUGAGACCAGGGGCAAGACCUUCGACCAGAUCGCCUCCGCCUUCUGCCGCAACCCCUCGCUUCUCAACCAAGAGUUCAAGCAGCACGGCACAGAACUAGAGUACUUGGACAAUGACUCCACCGUAUGAGAGAUGGAGAGAGUGAGAAAGAGUGAAGGAAGGGGUAGGGAGAGAGGG